ACUGUCAAUAGUCUCAGACAAUUUUCGUAACGCGCCGCUAAAAUGCCCGAAAAACCAUCAGCAAAGUCGGCUCCGAGGCCCCUGACCAGCAUAAAGGGGACCAGGCCCUCCACAUCCUCAUCCAAUCCCACCACCAGCAGGAGCAAACCCACAGGAACUGGAGUGGUUCGACCACCAUUGCCAAAUGCACACGAUAGGAUUUGGAAGAUUAUGAAGAUGUAAUAAUAUCUAAAAAUAUUCGGUCCCCAAAUUGGAUCCACGUUUUAAAUCCUGAUAUUCUUUUUUUAUAAAAUGUACGGAUUCUUUGACGUCUAAAGCGCUGAAUAAAGCGAAUAAAUCCCAAAAGGGAAAUUACUCUU